UCGGUUUCCUCAUAAAUACCCCCCUCCACUCUCUUUCUGACGACCCUAUUUAUUACCCGCCCCAUCUCCAUUUCCCAUUUUUCUCCUCAAAUCUGGAAAAAUGUCCACCUUUUUUCCUCAGCCUCCGCCAUUCCCGAUGCCUUUCACUACCACCGUCAACGGCGGAGCUACUCCUAACACCGCCAUUACUCAACCUGUUGAUAACAAUCUUCUCAGCGAUAAUAAUACUCCUUCACCUUCUUCAUCAUCGUCUUCCUCUUCUUCGAUCAUUAUAGUUAUCAUUGUUAUUGCAUCUGCUAUUAUCGUUUCUGCUUCUAUAUACCUCAUCCUUCGCGUGAUCUCGCGGCGGUUCCACCGCUCCUUCCGUACAUACGCCGCGGCGGAUGAUGUUGUCUCGCAUUCUGCUGCUGCUACGGCGGUUACUGAAAACCGUUGUUUUGAUGACCGACGGAGUUCGGAGGAGGAGAAAUUGGUUGAUUCGUUACCGCUUUUUACGUUUGGUUCUGUUACUGGAAAUUUAACCGGUGUCGACUGUGCUGUCUGUUUAUCGAAAUUCGAAAAGGAUGAUCAGCUGCGUCUGCUUCCGCUAUGUUGUCACGCAUUCCACAGCAGUUGUAUAGACGCUUGGCUCGUAACAAACCAGACUUGUCCGCUCUGCAGGUCUACCGUGUAUCCUACGGACGCAGAUGUGCUUAGUAAAGUGUUAGCGGUGGAAAACGCCGAGGCUCGCGGCGGAAAUGAGCUGCGACAUAACGGUAGUUUCCGAAUUGAGAUCGGUAGUGUUAGUCGCCGUCGUGGUACUUCUGAUUCCGACGCAGGUGAUGGUCAGAGAUCGUAUUCUAUUGGCUCGUUCGAGUACAUUGUCGAUGACGGUUACGAGCUUUCCGUAGGGUCCAUACACCGACGUGGAGUUUCUGAAUGCACCGACAAGGAAUCGAUCGGUGUUCCAGUGCCGGCGCCACCUGGAGAAAGUAUAGCUUCAGAUGUUUCCGGUGGUGGACGAAGUUGGCUUCGAGAUUAUGUUGACAGAAUUGGUUCACUUUCUCUUUCGUCCCGCACAAUGUCGUUCCGGAGCUCCGGAAGGUUUUUCAACGGCAGUAGCCGGCGGAACGACAUCGUCGUGCCUAUCGAUGAUUUGGAAGCUGGCCGGGUUGGGGAGGAGAUUAGCGAGUUGUUUCGGUGGCUCUCAGGGGUAUGAAUUUGUAUAUUCGAUUGCAUUGCAGGGGCAAAUUCGUCUUUCAGUAUACUCUCUUGAUAAAAAAACAAAAAACCACUAGAAUUUGCUAUUUCCACUCUCAUAUCCAUAAUUUUUGUGAGUGGAUUUAGCAAGAAUUGGAGUGUAGAUAGUAGAAACAAUUUAACCAAUUUUUUACUUUUCUUCCCAUUUUCUUUUUAAUCAAGGUAAAGCAUGUCCAAGAAUGCUAAUGAUUCUAUUCUUUACAGUUUACGAGGACUAAAAAUUUACUAAGUCAAAAUAGCACCAUUUUUGGAGUGAUUUUGGGGAUUGAAAUAGCUAGUG